AUGAGCGACGUUAGACUAGAUCUACCCAUGUCGAUGACUAUAGCCGCUUUCACAGGAAUCUCGUGGUACAUCGGGGUUGAAAUCAACACAUCAUUGCUCUUCCUCUUCAAACGACGCCGUGGCUUAUACUUCUGGUCAUGCGCACUCGCCUCUUGGGGUGUCAUUCUACAACCUCUUUUCAUAAUUCUCGCGGACUUUGGUGUAUGGAAAGAUGUCGUACCAUCGAUAACCAUGAUCUACCUGACAUGGCUGAUCAUGGUGGUCCCGCAAGGUUGGGUCCUAUACUCGCGGCUACACCUGUUUGUGCGUGAGACCAAGGUGUUGAACGGAAUCAAAUAUCUUCUCGUUUUCAAUUCGAUUGCAUUCUCGGUACCGACGAUUGUGAUUGGUAUCCUAGCACAAUCCACAACUGUCAACACGCAUUUGACUUCAUUCAACCUCAUUUGGGACCGCCUACAGCUCGUAGUUUUCUUCGUCCAGGAAACUGCUCUGAGCAUUCUCUACAUAUAUGAGACUCGCAAAUACCUACGCGACUCCUCCCCUCUGUUAGAGCGUCCCUGGGCCGCACCGGCCACCGCUGGUGGGGUUAAUCGAGCGCAGUCGAACGACCAGAAAAAAAUACUACGGCAGUUGAUUUACACCAAUGUACUUAUCAUUGUACUUGAUAUCACGCUCCUUGGAAUUCAGUGCGCCGACUUGUUCUAUCUACAGGGCGCGUUCAAACCAUGUGUCUACGGCAUCAAGCUCAAAGUUGAAUUCGUCAUUCUGAAUCGUCUAAUCAACAGUAUCCAAGGCCGUUCCAACGGAGAGACAUAUCCCAGGGAUUGGAUUGCCAGUGAUCAUAGCGCUCGUCGGGCUCUGGGGCAUAACGGACUUACGCACAAGAGACAGGGGCUGCAAGUUGCAGGCGAAAACGAAGGAGUAGAGCUCGCACAAUCGGCCAACGGGAACAAACUCAGGUCACAUAGUAGCGAGAGCCGGGCACCUAUCUUAGCAGCAUGA